AUGAGAGAUCGUGUAGGUUAUGCCCCUAAUACAAGAAGCCAUACAGAAAUGAGAUAUUUGAACAUAAUACCGUAUGAAAAUGUACAAAUGUCAAUUAAUCCAAUAUAUACAAAUGGUUCUGAACAAAACAAUGAAAAUAGUAUUUUGGGGAUACAGGAUGAAAUUGACAUAGGGAAUAAUUCAAAUAUUAUGUGGCAAUAUCAGAAACCUAUAUUACCAAGAAAUAGUCGUUUGACAAUGGAUAUGGAUCCCGAAAGAUAUAAUAAAAGCGGAAUGGUAUCAUUAAUAUGUGAUGAAUCUGUGCCAUAUGCUAGUUGUGUAAUACAAGCAAUGCAUCCCAUAAUACUAAUACGUAAUUUAUUUGAACAACAUAUAUGUAAAAAUGACCCAUGUUUAUCCUGUGAAUUGAAUUUUCAAUUUCGUCUUAUGUCACCAAAUAGAGGCAAUGGAAUUGCUUCAAUUAAAAAUUUUGCUAGAGCAUUUGAAUCGUUUGAGACUCAUAGAAAAAUACAAUUAAUGGGUGGAACUUUACGAGACCAAAUAUGUGCAUUUAUUGAAAAUGUUUUAGAAAUAACAGGAAAGGAACUUGACUCUAUAUUUAAUGAAGAAAUAUCUAAACAGACUCAAGUUACUAAAACUCGUGUUUUUGGAAAAUUAGAGACUCCUAAGCAAUGCAUAAUAAAAUUAGAUUAUUCUGUAUGGAAUGAAGGUACAAAAGUUGGGCAAUUAAUUGACUUAAUAAAUCCAAUGGCAAAAGAUAGUGAUGUAAUUAUUAUAUUUCCUCAAAUAUCUUCUGCUCAUUUAAAAAAAAUUCAAGCAAUUUUUGAAAGAGGUAGUUAUUGGAAUUUUAUAAAUUGUAAACAUGGCCAAGAUUGUAUAAAUUCAAAUUGUCGUUAUAAACAUCCGAGUGGAAAAGAACGUAUAGUUGAGAAAGCUUUAGGUGAACUUAACUAUGAAGAAAUAUCACUUCCUCAAAAUAUUCGAAUUAUAAAUCAAAGUUAUACAUUAGAGUCUGCAGUUUUUGUAAUGGGUGAUGGAAUUAAUGAUCCUAUUAAAAACUCAACACAUGCAAUUUCAAUUGCUAAAGAUUUUCAUAAACCAACUGAAGAUAAUAUUAAUUGGAUUGUAUUUAGCGGACAUGCUACCGGGCCAAUAACCAAGCCUGAUGCAUUUGCCUGUAACUUAGAUUACAAAGUGCCUGUAGCUGUAUUUUAUAUGAAGGCUAAACGUGAAAAUGUAAAUAUGACUGAAUUUAAAAUUGAAAUCCCAAAAGAAGUGUUUUGGGCGUUUCCAAAUUUAGCAUUAUCUUCUAGUAAUAAAUAUAUUUGUAAAGAAAAAUUUGAUAAACUUGAAGAAAAUAGUAUUGUUGCUUUGGAUGCUGAAUUUAUAUCAGUUGAUAAGACUGAUAAUAUAAAAACAGACGAAAUUGGGCGUAUAAGUGUUGUUGAUGAGAAUGAACAAGUAAUUAUAGACGAUUAUAUACAAAUUGGAUCUUCUACUGUAAAUGAUUAUAAAACAAGCGUUAGUGGAAUAGUUGAAAGUGAUUUAAAUCCAGAAACAACCAAUAAACAGUUAACAACUCUUAAAGUAGCAUAUAUGAAAAUUCUUUAUCUUGUGGAGCAUAGUUAUCAUUUUAUUGGGCAUGGACUUUGUAAUGAUUUUAAUGUUUUAAAUAUAUGGGUUAAUGAAAUUCAAUAUAGUGAUACAGUAAAACUGUGUCGUCUUCAAUUAAAGCCAAUGCUUCCAUUGAAAAAACUUGCUUUUAAAUUUUUGGAUAAAGUAGUACAAAAAGAUACACAUGAUUCUGUAGAAGAUGCUAAAACAGCAUUACAAGUCUAUCGCAAAUAUGAAACAUUAACAGACCAAGAAAUUAGUGAAUAUCUUAAUGAUAUAUAUAAUUCUUAUAUUAUAUAG